AUGCUCUACGGCCAGAAUCUGCCAUGGCGGGCAGCUUUGCGGCAGGCGUCGCGCCAGCACGGUAAUCUCAACAGGUCAUCUUCACUUAUCCUUGGGGCUGCUAGCCGAUCCUAUCACGGUUCUCUCGCACGAUGCCCGCCUUCGUCGUCGAAGCAUCGCGCGACUGCGUCCUCGCUAUCCACCUCCCGCCACUUCUCCACCACUCCGGCGCGGAGGAAGGAAAAGCCCCCAAGCGCGGCACCGGACGAGGAACUUAGCUUGAAGAAGAGCGAAGGAGAGGACAAGGAUAAGAAGAAGAAAAAGGAACAACCGGAGGAGCCGGAGACCGGAGCGAAUGCGAAGGCAAAGGACCCGGAGCCCAUUCCCUCCAACAAAGGCGCGGAUGGCAAGGGCUCUUCGGGAGGCUCUGGCGGCAGCGGUGGCGAAGCUCCUCCGUCCGGUGGCGAAAGCGGCGGCGGAGGCAAGAGGCGCAAGACCAGCGAGCGCUCGCUGCAGAAGCCCUCGGUGCCGGAUGUCUACCCGCAGGUCAUGGCAAUUCCAAUUGGCAAGCGGCCCCUCUUCCCAGGCUUCUACAAGGCCAUCACGAUCAGGAACCAGGCCGUCGCGGCCGCGAUACACGAUAUGGUACAGAGAGGACAGCCAUACAUUGGCGCGUUCUUGUUGAAAAACGACGAUGCGGACAAGGAUGUCAUUGAGAGCCCCGACGACGUGCAUGAGGUCGGUACCUUCUGCCAGAUUACUAGCGCUUUCCCUGUGCAGGGCGAUGAGCCUAGCAUGACCGCCGUCUUGUACCCGCACCGCCGGAUCAAGAUGUCUUCGCUCAUCCCGCCGACCCGUCCCGCAGGAGAGGUGCUCACCAGGACUGAAACUUCGGCCGAAACACCGGAAGUUGAACAGGCGACAAAGGAUCCCGCACAACACAAGAAGGGUGAUGUCGGGGCUAGUUUUGAGGAAGGCGUCUCGGACCAGACGAAGCAGAUUGGCCAGUACGAGCCCACUUCGUUCUUGAAGAAAUACCCUGUCAGUUUGGUAAAUGUGGAUAACCUUGUCGAGGAACCUUUCGAGAAGAACAACCCCACCGUCCGCGCUCUCGUUGGCGAGAUGGUGAACACUUUCAAAGAGGUUGCCGCCAUCAACAGUCUUUUCCGCGAUCAGAUUUCUACCUUCUCCAUGAGCCAAGGUGCUGGCAACGUAGGCGACGAUGCGGCCAAGCUGGCUGAUUUCGCGGCUGCGGUUGCCCAGGGCGAAUCUCACGAGCUUCAGGCAGCACUAGCAGCAAUGAACAUUGAGGAUCGGUUGCAUAAAGCUUUGAUUGUAUUGAAGAAGGAAUACAUGAACGCUCAGCUUCAAGACAAGAUUCUCAAAGAUGUUGAAAAGAAGAUCACAAAGAGGCAACGGGAAUACUGGUUGAUGGAGCAAAUGCGUGGUAUCCGUAGAGAGUUGGGUCUCGAGACCGAUGGAAAAGAGAAGCUCGUUGAGAAGUUCAAGGAGAAGGCCUCCAAGCUUGCUAUGCCAGAGGCUGUUAAAAAGGUUUUCGACGAAGAAGUCAACAAGUUGGCGCACCUUGAGCCUGCUGCUUCAGAGUUUAAUGUCACGCGGAACUACCUGGACUGGUUGACUCAGAUUCCCUGGGGCCAGAGGAGCGCUGAGAACUUUGGCAUCAAGAACGCCAUGAAGGUUUUGGAUGAGGAUCACCAUGGAUUGAAGGAUGUCAAGGACCGCAUUCUCGAAUUUAUCGCCGUCGGCAAGCUGCGAGGAACGGUCGAGGGCAAGAUUCUGUGCAUGGUUGGCCCGCCCGGUGUCGGUAAGACUAGUAUCGGCAAGUCGAUCGCCAGGGCUCUGAACAGGCAAUACUACCGUUUCAGUGUUGGUGGUCUUACCGAUGUUGCGGAGAUCAAGGGUCACAGAAGAACGUACGUUGGUGCGCUUCCUGGACGGAUUAUCCAGGCUCUCAAGAAGUGCCAGACGGAGAACCCUCUCAUUCUGAUUGAUGAGGUCGACAAGAUCGGUCGCGGUCAUCAGGGUGACCCUUCAUCUGCCUUGCUGGAGCUGCUCGACCCUGAGCAGAACAACUCCUUCCUGGAUCACUACAUGGAUGUGCCCGUUGAUCUGUCCAAGGUUCUUUUCGUCUGCACUGCUAACAUGACCGACACCAUCCCGCGCCCUCUGCUCGACCGUAUGGAGAUGAUUGAACUCUCUGGAUACGUCGCUGACGAGAAGAUGGCUAUCGCUGAGCGUUACCUCGCACCUGCCGCCCAGGAGCUGAGCGGCUUGAAGGAAGUCGACGUUCAGCUGGAGAAGGAAGCCAUCGCUGAGCUCAUCAACAAGUACUGCCGCGAGAGUGGUGUCCGCAACCUGAAGAAGCAGAUCGAGAAGGUCUACAGGAAAUCCGCUCUCAAGAUUAUCCAGGACCUUGGUGAGGAUGUCUUGUCGGAGGACAAGGCUCUGACGGAAGAGGGCAAGGCAGCGCAAGAAGAGGCCAACAAGGACAACACCGAUGUGAAGGAAACGCCCGAGAAUAUUGAGCAGGAGAGGACCGAGAAGCCCAGGGUGGCCCUGAAGGUGCCGGACAGCGUACAUGUCAACAUCACCAAGGACAACCUCAAGGACUACGUCGGCCCACCUGUCUUCACGGCCGACCGCCUCUACGACCAGACUCCCGCCGGUGUAGCCAUGGGUCUCGCCUGGACGCAAAUGGGCGGCGCGGCGCUGUACGUCGAGUCGAUACUCGAAGCGGCGCUGAACCACUCGUCGCGGCCGGGCUUCGAGCGCACGGGCAACCUGCAAGCGGUGAUGAAGGAAUCGACCAUCAUCGCGUAUUCGUUCGCCAAGUCGGUCAUGGCGCGCGACUUCCCGGAGAACCGCUUCUUCGAGCACGCCAAGAUCCACCUGCACUGCCCUGAAGGCGCGGUGCAGAAGGACGGGCCGAGCGCGGGCAUCACGAUGGCGACGGCGCUGCUGUCGCUGGCGCUGGAUCGGCCGCUGGAUCCGACGAUCGCCAUGACGGGCGAGUUGACGGUUACGGGUAAGGUGCUGCGUAUUGGUGGACUGAGGGAGAAGACGGUGGCGGCGAAGAGGGCGGGCGCCAAGAUGGUGAUUUUCCCGAGCGAUAACUUGAGCGAUUGGUUGGAGUUGCCGGAGAACAUCAAGGCCGGCAUCGAAGGCAAGGCCGUGUCUUGGUACUCGGACGUGUUCGACGUCGUGUUCAAGGACUUGGACCGCGAGCGCGCCAACAGCCUGUGGAAGAAGGAGCUGGCGAAGCCAGCGAAAGGCAAGGAGGGCCGCUCGGACGACGCCGACGACGUCGAUUGA